UUCAUUGUUCUAAUUUUUUGUUCUUAAAUCAAACAGAUUUACACGGAAAUCACCGGUUAAGAUUCUAGUCUAAACAAAGGUAAGAUCCCAAAAAAUGGAUACUCUCGCGGAACCAAAACCCCAGGCACUCCGGGACAAACGCCGAACCGAACUUCGCUGGGACCGUCAAGUGCACCGAAAGGCCGACAUCGAUCUCAAUCGAGCCGGUCUCGGAGAAAUGCUCCAGGAAGUUCGGGACAUCGAGAACCUUACCCCGCAACACAUCAAAGGUCUUGCGUCCCGCAUCAAACGUCGCAAGCGUGCCGAUUCGAAGGACCUGGUCAGACUGAGCUAUGGCUUCCAACAGGCUGAGGCAAACAUUUCGGAAUUCGUACGGAUUACCGGGGCCAUUAACGUCAUUGUCAAGGAGCUGACCGGACACGAUUCCGAUCUGCAACAGCUGGCCGCAGAAUGUUUGUGCAAUCUCAGCCUGGGCGAUGAGGUAUGCUGUGAAAAGGUGGCCACCUUUGCCGGGACCUAUCUGAUCACGUUUCUGGAAAAUUUGAGCCAUCGGCGGUUGCAGUUUUCGCAGAUAACCUGCCUGUGGACUCUUCAGAACAUCGUUGCUUCGGGUCCAAAAGCUUGCAAAGUUCUACAUUCACAAGGCAUUGUAUCCUGUCUCAAUCAUCUGUUGGAUAUUGUGGGGCAAAGCGAUCCGCUGCCCGAUGUUCUGCUCUGCAUAGAACUGAUUCUGUCGUACGAGUUUCAGUUCUUUAGCAAGGACAUUUUACUAACAACCACAUUGCCCUUUAUAAUGAAGAAAACUUCCAACUGCAACAGUCUCAAAGUCCUGCACAAAGCUUUAAGUUUGACAAAUUUUGAGGUUUUGGAAUAUGACGCAGUACCAGAAAUCGUAACGUUCUGUUUGAAAUCGUUGGUUUCUGGCUCCGAAGAACUGCGACAUUCAUCAACUCUUCUAGCGAUCCGAAUACUGGCCAACGUUGUGGCGUCCCACGAAGGAUGCUGCACCUUUUUGUUUGAACGUUGUCUACAACAGAACAUCCAAUUCAGUUGUCUGUUUAACAACUUUGCAGAAACUGAGGAACAUGCUAUCUGUCGAGAACUUCUGUGGUUGUUGGGAAACAUUUAUCGCCAAGCAGGCAAGGUCGAACUGGAGCAAUAUUUAGGUUACGAUCAAUUCUGCACCCAGUUGGUGGUGCCGAAAAAGUUGUUGGUUUGAGGUGUUAUAGUAGGAUUACGAUAAUUUGAAACAAUAUAUUAAUGAAUUAUUUUAAA